UCUAAUAAAAAACAAUAAUUUUUAAUGAAAUUUCAGUGUAAAUUUUGCUGUUUUAUUUGUGUGUACUACUAGAAAAAUGCAACACUGAGUAUUGCUGUAAAAAGAAAUCGCAGUCGAGUUUUAUUCGUCGAAGAAAAUUCACGUACACAUUCGCUGACGGUGUGAAUUUUUUUCAUUUUUAUAAUUUUGUUUAAUAAUAUAAACAAAGUUUGUUGUUUUAUUACCAAACAAUACGGUAUAAAAUCAAACAUUCACAAAAGGCCGCACUCCCCGCAAAAAGUAUUUAUAAUAAUAAUAAAACAAAUAUAUUAAAAAAUUGAUAAUAAAAAAGGCAACCAAGAAAAAAGAAGAAAAUUUCGUUUUUUGUCUUUUACAAAAAAAGUGCAAAAAAUUUUAGUAUAUCCGUGUAACAGUGUGAGGGAGAGAGUGUAUGUGUGAGUGAGAAAAAAAAGAAGUGAAAGAGCAAUAAAAAAUAUUUAAAAAGAAAUAGUAAAGCAAAAGAAUAAAGGCAAAAAGGAAAUAAAAAUCAAAAUAUAAUUAAUUAAAAAAGUGUUUCAAACAAAAAAAUAGAUGAAAUUUCAUAAAACAGAAAAAACAAUAAAUAAAACAAAAUUGUUGUAAUAUUUAAUAAAGCGGUUAAUUUUUACCAGCAAAAAGAUUUAUUGAACCGACUAACAAAUAACUAACCUGUUUAAUUGGCCACAAAAGCAAAUUGGUGUGUGUGACGACAGCAAAAAAACAAAAAGCGGAUUUUUAUCUUUAAAAAAUAUAUUUAUUUAAACAGGGUACGAAAAAUAACAUUAUCAAUUGUUUUAACAAUAAUAAGUCAACAUAAGCCAAAACGACGCGACGCGCGAAGAUGGCCAAAAUGGAAGUCGACGAUGUCGUCGACUUAAGUUUAGGCUCCGGGCGUGAUCCAGCUCUAACUAUAACACCUGCAACUGUAAGAGACUUGAGAGCACUUACACAAAAUUCUGGACUGACUAUAACACCUGCACCACCGCCACCAACAGCAACAUCACCGACCGCGGCCACAACAGCCACAGGACUGGGCAAUAGUAGCAGUAGUAUCGGUAGUACUAGCAGUAGUACUGCAACAGCUAAUUCAAGUGGCAAUACCACACCAACUACAAAUAAUAUAUCGACGACUAUAACCACGGUAGAUCCAUCUAGUAAUAGUUCAACUAAUCAAAUAACAAACUCAAAUUCAUUAAACAUAACAUCGCCUGUAGCUGCUAAUGCAGUUAUGGCCACAUCAACUACAACAAUUGCAACAACAACAAAUUCCAAUACCCAUGCAUCAGGGACAGGGUCAUCUGGUGGUGGUAGCGGUGUAGGAGGAGGAGGAGGAAUAAUUAGUUCAGGCAACGAAGAGAACAAAGUUCAACGUCGUGUUUUGAGACCACGCACCGAACCCAAAUCUUAUGCAGAGGCUCCUGAUAUUGUCUUAUUGCCGGCACGAAUGAAUGGUCGCCAACAAAAUGGUAACAUAGACUCUGAAACGGAUGACGAAGAAAUGCCGCCGUAUGUGCCCAUCAAAGAGUUGACACCAGCCGAAUUGAAAGAGCGCGAAAAGGGACUGCGUAAGUUAAGGGAAGAUUUACGUAACGAAGAAACCAAACUAGUGUUACUAAAGAAGCUAAAACAGUCACAGCAUGUCAUGAAGGAAAAUAUUGUGGUCACAUCGACCAGUGUAUCGCCCACAAAUCCCCUAGCGGCUAUACCGGCAGCUCUGACAUCGAAGGGAGCCUUAAGUGUUACGCCCACUACGGCCGUACCACUGCCAGCACAUACCAAAAGUUCACGUUCCAAUAGUAGUAACAUCUCAUCUUCGGUUAGCAUAAGCGCUACCAAUAGCCGCUCGAAUACAAAUUCCUCUUCAACUGGUUCGACAUCAUCUCCUCAUCGUUCAACUAACAACUCUAUACUGCCUCCACCACGUUCGGCGCUACCCGGUGGUGCAACUCUAACAGCCGGGUCUUCCGCUUCAAUUAGCAUUCAAGCCACGUCCUCACCAUCAUCAUCAACGUUGUCAUCAUCUGCCCGUUCGAAUGCUCUACCGCCCCGCACAAAUUUACCGAAUCUCACUAUAACGCCAUCAGUGACUAUAACACCAACAUCAGCUCCACCAUCUGGACUUAAAUCACGCAAUCAGCCUAAUGUUUCGGAUAAUUCUAAGGUACCUAACACCAUCAGCAAUUCGGUAUCAAUAACACCAGCACCACCGUUGUCAACACAAAAUCAUCAACACAAUGAGUUGAAGAAUGACCGCUUAAAUUCCCGCGAAGAUGUUCAAACUCCCGCACAAAGGCAAGCGGCUGCUAAACUGGCGUUAAGGAAACAAUUGGAGAAGACCUUAUUACAGAUUCCUCCACCUAAGCCUCCACCACCAGAGAUGCAUUUUAUACCAAAUCCUAGCAAUACUGAAUUUGUUUACCUGCUUGGCUUAGAGACUGUUGUCGACUACAUAACGACAAAUAAUAAGAAAACAAAUACAAUGGCACCACCAUUUCGCUGUGCUCAAUGUAAGAUUGAUUUUACACCGGUCUGGAAGUGGGAGAAACAAGGCAACAAAGAAGCUAAAGUUAUUUGUGAACAAUGUGUCACCACUAAUGUUAAGAAGGCUUUGAAAGCUGAACAUACCAAUCGACUGAAACAGGCAUUUGUUAAGGCCUUGCAACAAGAACAAGAAAUUGAGCAACGUUUGGCCAGUCAAAGCAGUCCAUCCCCGGUGGAUGCUCAUGUAGCUGCUAGUUCUGUGUUGUCUCAAUCUCAGAAUCAUUCUCAACAAACGGCGCACCAAUCUCAGCCACAAGCAGCGCAUGCAGCGUCGACAGCAGCCGCUUUAGUUAAUCUACCACCUUCUGUAACGGUUAUACCCACCAAAUGUCACACUCCAACUCCGAGUAUCACGCCACGUCCCACACCACCACCAACCAAUCAACCGACACCUCCACCACCAACUACGCCACGUUCGUCGCGAGGUUCCAUGUCUCAUCAGGCUCAACCCAGUCCUAGUACACCAACACCCAGUCAAAUGCAUCACCAUCAGCAGCAGCAGCAGCAUCAACACCAGCAGCAGCAACAACACCAGCAUCAACAGCAGCAGCAGCGCGAACGAGAACGUGAACGGGAAAGAGAACGUGAACGAGAAAGAGAGCGCGAACGUGAGCGUGAACGAGAGCGUGAUCAUCAUCGUGCAGAGCAGCAACAGCAAAGAGCUGCUGCCGAACAACAACAGCAACAACAACAGCAGCAACAGCAACAAUAUGAUAAAUAUUCAGCUGCUGCUUUAGCCGCUGCCGCCCAAUUGGGUGCUCUUGGUUUGCCGGGCCUAAACAAUUUAGCUGGCUUAGGCGGCCUAGGCAAUCUUGGCAACCUAGGGCAACUGGGUAAUUUAGCGGCAUUAGGAGGUCUGGCAAAUCUGGGUGCUGCAGCCGCGGCUACGGCAACAAAUCCAGCAGCUGCAAAUCUAGGUGCUCUUGGCAACGCAUCACCUGCAGCUGCAAUGCAAGCGUUCCAGCAACAAUUAUUUAGAGCUUUGGGUCAAGGUUUAGCAACGAAUCCUCAACAUAUGAUGCAAUUCACGCCACUUUUGUAUUCCUAUCAAAUGGCUAUGGCUCAGGCAGCUCAAGUAGCUGCAUUUACAAAUAAAAACAAAACAACAUCUGCAUCUUCCUCCUCUGCUUCGUCGUCCAAGAAUCAAACAGCAUCUUUGGCUGAUAUACAACGAGCCGCUGAAUUGCAGCGACAAUAUUUAUUAGAGAUGAUACCACCGCAAGCACCAGGACCCAGUAACAAUCGUCAAAACAAUUGGAAAACGUAAAUAACACACAACAUUAACAUCAAUAACAAUAAUUAUAGAAAUAGAACUGAAAGAAGUCGUCGAGUUUUGUGCAUGCAAUAAUUAAAGAUUUUGAAAUGAUCUUUGAAACAAAAGCUACUACAGUCAAAUAUUAAGUUUAGAGACACAUACAUAACUUAUGUUUUAUACUUUUUUUCUCCUUUUUUUUGUCCACUUUAAAGAAGAUGAAAGAUUAUUUGUUUGUUUAAAAAUACAUACAAGAACCAAGAAAAAUAAUGAAAACAAUUAAUGCAUGCUUUGGUCGUUUGAUCAGACCAAAAACUCAAACAAAUUUCUUAAUAUUUUAAAGUUUAUAUUAUUAUCUUUCUAUCAUACACACUCUCUCUAUCUAUCUCUCAUUCUGUAUAGUUAAUCCCUUAAAGAUUUUCGUUAAAAUUUCUAUCACAUUAAUAAAUCAAAUUAUUUUAAGUUUUUAUUUAUUCAAUAACUAACAAACAACAAAAUUAAUAUACAAACAAUUUUGUAAAAGAAAAAGAAAAAAUGUCGAAAAGGAGUUAAAUAACUCAAAAAACAAACCAAUCCUCUCUUCUUCAUUCAUACAAUAUUUUUAAGAUUUAGUAUUGCAUGAAAUAUUUAAUGCAAAUUCUUACAAAACAAAACAAAGCAAAUAAAUCCCAUAAUUUGCAUUAAAAACAAAAGAAAAAACAUAGAUAAAAAACUAUUUUUAUAAUAAAACAACAAACCAUACAAAAAAAAAUAAUAAAUAAAAGAAAAAUAGUUCAAUAAUUAUUUUUAUUAGUUCUUAAACGAUUUAAGCAUUAAGUGUUAUGUUUUUUUCUAUAAAACAAAACAAUUAAUUAAUUAACAUUUCAAAUGAAUUUUAGUUCUUUUAUUACAUUUCGUUUUAAAUUUUUUUUAAUACUGCUUUAAAAAACGUUCGUUUUCUUUUGUAGUUUUUGCCUUCCCUCUCCACUUUAGAGGCAACAUUUUUUAUUACAUUUGCAAUUUACAUAAAAUUAUUACAAAGUAAUUGUUAACUUCUACUUUUGUUUUUUUUUUAAUUGUUUUUAUUUUAUCUGUUUAUUAAUAAUUACUCUCUGUAUGUUUAAAUUUAUUAAAUAAAAUAUUUUAAUUUAAUGAUACUAUUUUUAUUAUUAUUAUUAUAAUUUCUUCUUGUAACAAUUUGUAUCAAAAUGAUUUAUUUCUUAAUGCGAACAGAAAGAAAGAAAGAAGCCUUAGUAAUAUCAAAUUUAGUUUUUAUAGUUUAUUUAAAAUUUUAGUUACUUGAUUUAAAUUAAACAACAACAAAAUAUUAUUAAAUAUAUUUUCUAGAUAUAAUUGAAUUAACAAAAAUAAACAUUUUAUUGCUUAAUUUAAACAAAAAAAAAACAAAACAACAAAGAAAACUUAUUUUUAACGGGUGAUACCUAAACUACAAUAAAACACACACUUUUUUAUAAUUCACAA